AUGACCCAAGGAUAUCACAAAGUGGAAUUCAUAUUCGCUGCAAAGCGUAAAAGGGUUGACCCGGAUAAGGGUCAAAGCACUGCCACAUGGCCUCAAUCUAGAGUAUCCUUUUCGAUAUCGAGGGUCACUUACGCUGGGGGUACAAGUGUUCCCUAA